GGUGAUUGCUCAGCCAUGGUGCAGGUCCUUGCCCACCCCAGAAGCCUUUGUUUGCUGGCUGCACUCUGUGGUCCUGCCUUGUUACUGGGUCAAGCUGUGCACGUUUGCCCUGACCGCCCAUGGCACUGCCCUCCAUGGCGGGUGCUGGGCAGGGUUUCUAACUGCAGACCUCCCUUUCUUGUCUCUGUUUCCUCCCAGCUCAAUUCCCCCCUGAACCCGGUGAGCAGCACCGAAGACGUCAAGCCUCCCCUGGGCCUCAACGGGGUUCUCAAGGUGCCCGUGCACCCGUCAUCCGCCAUGGCCUCCUUCACCAAGCACAUCUGUGCCAUCUGUGGAGACAGAUCCUCAGGUAAACAUUAUGGGGUGUACAGCUGCGAGGGCUGCAAGGGGUUCUUCAAGCGGACGGUGCGGAAGGACCUGACUUACACUUGCCGGGACAAUAAAGACUGUCUUAUCGACAAGCGCCAGCGGAACCGGUGCCAGUACUGCCGGUACCAGAAAUGCCUGGCAAUGGGCAUGAAGAGGGAAGGGAUGGAGCACCAUCCAUCCCGGCCCACAAGACUCCCUGGAAGGCAGGAGCAACCAGCUGUCCAGGAGGAGCGGCAACGAGGCAAAGAUCGCAACGAGAACGAGGUUGAGUCUACCAGCAGUGCUAACGAGGAUAUGCCGGUGGAGAAGAUCCUUGAAGCUGAACUGGCUGUGGAACCCAAGACAGAGACCUACAUUGAAGCCAACAUGGGCCUGACUCCAAAUUCGCCCAAUGACCCGGUCACCAACAUUUGCCAAGCAGCAGACAAGCAGCUGUUCACGCUGGUGGAGUGGGCCAAGAGGAUUCCCCAUUUUUCGGAGCUCCCACUGGACGACCAGGUUAUCCUGCUCCGAGCCGGCUGGAAUGAAUUGCUGAUCGCCUCCUUCUCCCACCGAUCCAUUGCAGUGAAGGAUGGGAUCCUCCUUGCAACAGGCCUCCACGUCCAUAGGAACAGUGCUCACAGCGCAGGUGUCGGGGCCAUCUUCGACAGAGUACUGACAGAACUUGUGUCGAAGAUGCGAGACAUGCAGAUGGACAAGACCGAGUUGGGGUGCCUGCGAGCUAUCGUCCUUUUCAACCCGGAUUCAAAGGGGCUUUCUAACCCUGCUGAAGUUGAGGCUCUGCGUGAAAAGGUCUAUGCGUCACUUGAGGCCUACUGCAAACAGAAAUACCCUGAGCAGCCAGGGAGGUUCGCCAAGCUGCUGCUUCGCCUUCCUGCCCUCCGGUCCAUUGGCUUGAAAUGCUUGGAGCACCUCUUUUUCUUCAAACUAAUAGGGGACACACCGAUCGACACCUUCUUGAUGGAGAUGCUGGAAGCGCCACACCAGAUGACUUAAAGGAGGCUUGGCCGUGCCAGCCGCUUUCCUCGGCCCAGCAGGCUGCCUGCCACCUGGACCUCUGCCCUGACCCAUCCUGCGGCCACCUCCCCUUUGGUGCAAGAGACGCUGCCUGUCCCCCCACCCCUCCGCCCUGCCUGGGGUAUGGUGGCACGGCUGACUUGGCCCUUUGCUGCUUCCGCAACCAGCUUGCGUCUGAGGACGACCAGCUUUUGCAGAUGGAGAAUUGCUCAAACAGCAGUCACUGCCUGCUUGCCCUGGGGACCUCCCCCCCGCCGUUGAGGCUUUGGUUUUCCCCCAGGGUCUGUCUGGGGUGCAGGAGGGUGAAUUUAUGCCAACUCCCCUGAAGAGUUUCAGGAUUCUGUAAAGCCACCUUUAAUUAGAACAAGGGAUUGUGGGAAAUGAAGCCAUGUGUCGCUGACAGGUGACCUAUAGAAGCAGGGAGGGGGUCAGCUCCACCAGUUUGCCUCCAGAGAUGGCAUUUCCUGGGCACGAGCCGGCCCCAAGGCUGCCUCUUCAAGUCAGGCAGGCAGGGCUGCGAGCCAGCCUUCGCCUCCCUUUGGCCGACCCCAGCUGCUGGAUAAAGUGUCCCCCCGCCAGCUCCUUGCACAGAGCAGCUCAGGAAUUGGGGCUUCUGGGAGCUGCUCCAUUUUUAUCCGGAGGGAGAGAGGCCUUGGGCUUGGCUGGGUGAGUCGGGCCGGGGAAAAGUGAUUUUGGGCUCACGGGAGUUGUGAUGCUGGUUUUCUGGAUCUUGGCGGGCAGCGGCUUCCCCAGCAGGAUGCUUUGCGAGCUCCAAUGGCAGGGUACAGAGAGAUGGGCUGUCUCUGGGGCUGGAAUGCCCUGGUGCAGGGCCUCCAGGGCUGGGCAUCAAGGCAGAGCCUGCCCUCGCUGGAGCCCCCUUCUUCUGCAGAGGGGAGGGACUGGCUACAACUGGCGGUCCCAUGACGGAGGAGAUGCCCGUCGCCUCUGCAUGAAUCCUGCUGUGCUUAGAAGAGGGACACGCAUAGAAAGGCAGGCUCCCCACUCUGAAAAAGAACCCUUUUGGGAAUAAAAGCAUGCCUUUUCAGUUCCCCCCCCCCCCCCAAAAGAAGGCACCAAAAGCUGCUUCAUCUGGGACAGGGUUAGGCACUUUCCAGUUUAAAUGCCUGAGACAUUGUCGCUUCCUUUGCACUGCUCUUCCCUCUUGUAACGCCCGUGUUUGCCAUGCCAAACACUUCUGUGGGCCCUUGGGGUUCGGGUCAGACGUGGCCCAUGGCUGUCGCUUUAGUGCUGGUUCGGUGGAGCUUCCCUGCACAGGCACAACCUAGCCCGGUUGCUCCUUCCAGAUGCAGAGGGGGCGCGGUUUGGCUUGGAUGUGGAUGGCAACAGCAGGACCUCUUCUGCAGGGGGGGGGGCUCCCUCAGAGACUGCCUAGCCCUAGGAGCAGAUGGGGCAGGCUCCUUGGCCCCCAGGGCUUUUUUGCAAUUCCUAACUAAGAAGCAGAAGGGAAACUCGAGCCCAGCCCGGCCCCUGCAGCGUCCUUCAAAGAAAAGGGGGGAGGCUACAGCCUGGGGGGGUCCCAAAGGCUGGGCUGGACAAAGCGGGGGAAGAAGGUCUUUAUUCCCUGCGGCUCAGCAUCGUUGAAGACACGUUUCAUUUGCGCUUGGGGUCCUCCCGGCCCCUUGGAGGCCACCGGAGCCGAAUCCCGCGGGCGCCUCGCUCCCAGCGCGGCUCUGCUCCGGCGCCCGCAGCUCCCCUGCCCGCUUCCUUCUCUCGAGAGAGGCCCGCGAAGGAGUUGGUUGACUGCGCAGGAGAGCGACUCCCCUCGGUCGGUUGAGCCCGGGCGGCUCCCUCGGGGGCGUCUGGGGCCGCGCGGGUGAGCGCCGCGAGCCCCCGGCCUCUGGGCUUAACCCGCCUCGGCGGUGCAAGCGCUUGAGAGCGGGCGCCGCGUCCCG